ACGGUUUCAUUGUGAGUGGCUAAGCGCAUCUGUCUUUGGGUUAGCGGUCAAUGUUCUUUCUUGAAUCUGUUUAAUUUUCCCCCAUUUUUAGAUAGAGCAAUGUCGUAAAAGUCGUAAUUAGAAAUUCUUGUUUCAACGGACAUCAUCUUGAAUAACGAGUUACGAUCCCACAUUAUUUCCUUCCUCUUUUUAAGCACGAUUCCUUUUCAAAGUUCCAACUGCAAAAAAGGCAGAAAAGCAAGAAACUAGAGGAGAAAUCGAUGAGGCCUAUCACAAAUAGUGUUGCCAUGCUUUUAUCUUUCUCCCUUUGCCUCUCUUUCUUGCCCUUACUAAACGCUGCUGGUAACAACACCUUAUUAGUUGCGGAAACCUGUCAAAAGGUGAAAAACACGGAUCUCUGCAUCUCAAGCCUUGAGGCUGAACAUGCCACCCAAGACGCCGACCUAGCUGCCCUCGCCUUGAUAGCUAUCAAGGUCGCUUCCAACAAUGGGUCGGACACAUCCGUUUACAUGAAGAAGACUCUCGAUGGUACAACAUUGGAGCCUGCCGUCGAGCAGAACUUCGAGGACUGCUUAGACAAUUACGGAUCCGCAAUGCAGCAGCUUGAUGAUUCCCUGGCAGCCCUGGUAUCAAGGAAUUACAAAGAUGUGAAAACCUGGUUGCAAGUUGCCAUUGAUGAUGCAACCACUUGUGAGACUGGGCUGAAGCAACGCCCCGGCAACGACUCGGACCUGUUAAAUAAGAAUAAUAUCUUUCUCCAACUAUGCAGCAAUGCAUUGGACAUCGUCAAUGUUUUGGCUUCAAAUUAGGUGAUGUACCGGCCUAGCUAUUUUCAUUUGCUGCUAUUAAUUGAUUAUGCCAAGUACUUUCGAGAGCACUAUACAUACUUUUAUUGUAUCAGGCUACGUCGCUAAUAAGGGUUUUUGGAGCAGAAGACAAUUGGGUUUUGUGCAUAUAUGUUUCUGAUCAUACAAAUUAAAAGGGACAAACAUGCCUGAUCGUGUCCCAAUUCUCUUUUUAUAUGUCAGUGGCUUUUAAUGGAAUAUAUUGUCUUCUAAUGAGUAAUAAUUGUGCUUGUUACUUUCAAAGU